UGAUUAACGAUCGUCCGUACAGGAAUAAUGGUAACUAGGGCCGUUACCGUCGGGGCGGCGGCAGGUGCCGCUGGGAUGUCUGGCGAGACGGGGUUGGUCGGGAUGUCGGGCGUACCGAGGCUGCUGGAGGAUCUGGCGCGACUCUCCGAGGAUAAAGACUCGGCUGAUAUCGUGUUUCUGCUAGGGCGCGACGAGACCCCGGUUUACGCCCACAGACUAAUACUUCAAGCCAGGUGUAAGAACUUCACGGUGCCGAAAAGGAUAGGCACGGCUGGAAAUCCGACGCCGGUGCGAAUGUCACACGCGCAUCCUGAUACAUUUCGCCAGUUUAUUCACUACAUCUACACCGGCAAGAUAAUGCUACAAGACAGUGCGAUUUUCGAGAUGUUGGGAUUGGCACAGGAACUCGGGCUCGACGAGCUCUGGCGAAGUUGUGAGGAGCACGUGUCCGCUACUCUAAGUCCUGGUAACGCCUGCGCGCUUUUAACCGCCGCUUUAGAGGCACAGGAUCGCGUUCCAGGUAAUGCUACCAAAUGUGUGUUGGUAUCAUUGGCAGUCGCCAUAUUUGUUAGCGUUUAACGUUGCGCGAAGCCACGCUGUUUGCCGCUAACAGUUGUCGAGACCGAUUUUCCAAGUGCCGGCACGAAAAUGUCGUACAAAGGCCCGCAGAAAGUUCAGAAGGUGAUGGUCCAGCCCAUCAACCUUAUAUUCCGCUACCUGCAAAACCGCUCGCGCGUCCAAGUCUGGCUGUUCGAGAACGUAAACCUGCGAAUCGAAGGUCACAUUGUCGGCUUCGACGAGUACAUGAACCUGGUGCUGGACGACGCCGAGGAGUACAAUCAGAAGACAAAGAUCAGGAAGCAGCUCGGACGGAUCAUGCUGAAGGGCGACAAUAUCACGCUGAUACAGAAUACGAAUCCCGGGGCCAACUAAUCACGGAGAAUACGAAUCCCGAGGCCAACUAAUCACGGAGGUGUAACCUCAACCACAACCCAACUUCGAACUUCUUCCUCGGAACAAUGUGAAAAUUUGGAUUACUCAGGGAGACUGUCGGCACUUAGGCAUUGAUGUUCUCGGAUUUCUUGAAUGAUGGAGAGGAUGUAUCGCGUGAUUGAUAUGAAUGAGAUGUAUUCGUCCUAGUUUUUUAGCUUAUUCCAAAUGAAUGCUUUACACGUGACCAUUUCACAGGCAUAUAUUCAUUAUAUAUGAUAUAAUGUUCAUUUUAUAUGAUAUAUAUAUGAUAUAAUAUCAUACUAAAUUGAAGAUAUGACAUAUUAUGAUUGGUUGUUUAGGAAAUCUAAAGUUACUUUUUUUUUUAUGGUUUCGUAUUAUGGGACAGUUCUUGUGAAGAUCCAUUCUGAAUAUGUAUCUAUGUGACACUGUGAAGCAUAAUUAGGAUGUAUAAGCAGUUAUUAAAUAAUUUCAUACUUUAACUUACGUUUCAUUUAUUUUUACACCGAGAAUGUCUCGUCAACGACUAAAGUUUGUGGAUCUACUAUUAGAUGCGAGAAGGAACCAAUGAAACAUGGGUGCAUAAUGAACUGAUCUGUGUGAAUGAGACACGAGUGCUCAGUUAGACAUUUUUGUCUGAAUUUGAAAUCUUAUUAAUUACUCGUAUCUAUAUGAUAAUACUUAUCAAUGGUUGAAAUCAAUGGUCAAUCUACGAGCAUCGUUUUAGGUUUACAUUAAGGGAGAUCCAUUCUCUUCUCUUUCCGGAAUAUGUUGAUUAAGCAAUGGAGAUUAACAGAAAAUUCAAACAACUAUAUAAAUAAUUUGGCUACAUCGUAGAUAUAGUUUCGUACAAGCCAGCUUAACAAGCAUCUGCCAAGCUUGAUCAAAGUUUAGUCUUUGCCUGUCAAUAAUGACAGUUUCAGGGUACAAAUGAUCAAUCGAAACCACUCUGAUUUCCAAUAAUGCUAACGAGAGAACGGCUUCGUAGGUACAUCAAUCUAUUAUUCAUUCUUUCAUCUAUCGAGUCUCUUUGUGUG